UUAGCCAACUUUGUUUUUUUUAAUGAUGUUUCUGUUUUCUUAAUUCAGUGGAAGACAAAAGAAAAUUCAAUUAUUCAUAUUCACAGGUUGAUGCUGAAGUUGAUACUGCUACCUUUACAAAACUGACCAUAUAGUAUAUAAUAAACCCUUUAUUAUUAUUUUGAGGACACUUUUUUCUCUCUGAAUCAAAGGAAAAACCAGGAUCUUCUACAGUUCUUUUUUCAGAAGUAACUGAAGAGGGUCCUGAUUGGAAUAAAAAAGGAGAUUCCUUUUUUCUUGGGGAAGAAUAAAAGUUUUUGGAUUGGAUUGGUUUGCUUAGAAACGACGCGUGAGAAUGGCAGAAACGAUGGGGAGGUUUCUGUUGGCUUUGCAAAAUCAGGGGGGUUCAGGAGGAGAAUCUUUGUUGGGGAGUAUCAAAAUUGCAGUUUUGCCUAUAGUUAAAGUGUUCACCAUGUGUUUCUUGGGGUUUCUUAUGGCUUCAAAGUAUGUUAACAUUUUGCCUGCUUCUGGAAGGAAGCUCUUGAAUGGGCUGGUGUUUACACUCUUGUUACCCUGCUUGAUAUUCUCCCAGCUGGGACAAGCUGUUACCUUGCAGAAGAUGCUUGACUGGUGGUUCAUUCCUGUUAAUGUUGUUCUUGGUUCCGUAUCAGCCUCAAUCAUUGGUUUUCUUGUUGCCUCCAUCGUCCGUCCCCCAUACCCUUUCUUCAAGUUUACGAUUGUGCAUAUUGGAAUCGGGAAUAUUGGGAAUGUGCCGCUUGUCCUGAUUGCUGCUUUAUGUCGAGACCAAAACAAUCCCUUUGGAGACUCAAAUAAAUGUAGUACAGAUGGAACUGCCUAUAUAUCAUAUGGCCAGUGGGUCGGUGCUAUCAUCCUAUACACCUAUGUAUAUAAUAUGUUGGCGCCUCCUCCAGAAGGCACCUUUGACAUUGAUCCUCAAAGUAUUCCCAUAAAGUGUACUACAAAGAGUGAUGGUUCACCUGAACAAGAUCCAUUACUUACUCAGGAGGAGGGGGGCUAUUUAACAGGUCCGAAUGCUUCAAGGAAGUGGAAGAUGAAAGAUUGCUUAAGAUUCCUAUAUGAGAAGUUGAAGCUUAAGCAAAUUCUUCAACCCCCUAUUAUUGCAUCAAUUCUAGCCAUGGUUCUUGGUGCAGUCCCAUUUUUGAAGAGUCUGAUCUUUACUCCUGAUGCUCCACUAUUCUUCUUCACUGACAGUUGCAUGAUUCUUGGGGAGGCCAUGAUUCCUUGCAUUCUGUUGGCAUUGGGAGGCAACCUUAUUGAUGGACCUGGAAGUUCCAAACUUGGCCUUCGAACAACUGCUGCUAUUGUUUUUGCGCGGUUAGUUUUAGUGCCUCCAGUUGGACUUGGCAUCGUAAUGUUGGCUGACAAGCUUGGCUUUCUGCCCCCGGAUGAUAAGAUGUUCCGAUUUGUCCUUCUCCUUCAGCAUUCAAUGCCAACAUCUGUCCUUUCAGGUGCUGUUGCUAAUUUAAGAGGGUGUGGAAAGGAAGCAGCUGGUGUUCUAUUCUGGGUUCAUAUCUUUGCUAUAAUCUCCAUGGCUGGAUGGAUUGUUCUAUUUCUUAACAUACUCUUCUGAGACUUCAGAGAGCUGUAAUGAUUUAGCAAUAAUCUUGUAAUUUAAUCCAAUUAAUUUUGUACAUUUGAUGUUAGAUCAGUGGAGAAACACGGGUACUUUAUAUAUUGUGCCGUUACUGAUUAAUGAUGUUCAUUAGGGGAAAACAACUUCCCUCUUCAAAGUUCAAUUGUCUAGUUUAAACUUUAGGUCUAGUUACUAUUUGAAACCUGGUUUGGAGAAACAAUUCUCUAGCAAUAUACUGUAAUAACAUCUUUUUCAAUUCAUUUCAAGGUUAUGCAAAA